CUAGCUAGCCGGAAAUUGCUGAUGAUGCGGUUGCUAGCUGUUUGAGUUAAUGCCUGAUCAUGGCAAUAGCCAAGGUGAUCAAAGAUCUAGAUUUAUUCUAUGUCAACUAAUCAUGGAGGACCUGAUACCAAAGAUAAUAGAUUCAGUAGGCCCUAAAUGGGCCCAGUUGUACUCUUUCUUAGGUCUGGAUUAUAGAGGAAGAUUUCAAAUAUCAACUAGCAAUCAAAGCAUAUCCCCAGAAAGAGUGAAACACAGGCAGUGUGCAUUAGAAACAAUUAGAAAAUGGCAGAAAGAAGUGGAAGGAAAAGAUGAAAUGGAGUGUAUACAGAUAUUACUGGGUCACUUACAAAGAGUUAAAGGAAUGGGCGGGUUAGCAAUGGAACUUGCUAAUGAAUAUGGUGUAGAAUUAGAAGUUAAACCUUCAUUAGUUAGCUCUGAGUCUCAUUUAUCGUCAAGCGAAGAAAGCCAAAGGGAAGAAUCAUUUGAAUACAAAAGAUUAUACAAAAGUUCACUAUGGAGUCAACCCAUUAACACAAGAAACAGAGGACACAAGUUUGCUGUCUUAGAUAUAUGCCAGCGAAUGACCAAGAAUCACUUUAAACAAUUUUUUUCUUACUUGGGCAUGGAUAGCACAAGAAUAGAGGCCAUUAUUAGAGAAGAGCCUUUGCUAGAGGAGCAAUAUUAUACAGCUUUAAAGGAGAUAAUAGAAUCAAGAGGAGCAGCUGUAACUUUGAAGGACUUAAAGGAAGGUCUCCUUUUAUGCUUAAGACAUGAUCUAUUGGCUCUUGUUAUGAGACGCAUUGAGGCUACGAGGGAUUAGUUUCAAUUAAUGAACUUAUUUACACAAUUAGUAAUUUCAAUUUUGUUAUAGUACAUUACAUUUGCAGCAUUUUGAUCUAGUUUCGGUUUUUGGAUCUUCUAUAAACAGAGAAAACAUAUAAAUACACAA